CUCCGGGUUGACGACCCAGCCAACCCACCCGCACCACCACCAGCAUCAUCAUCUCCACCACCAGCAGCAGCACUAGCAGCGGCAGCUCAGGAAGAUCUCAUCGCCAUGACGACCGGCAAUGGCGACGCCCCCGUGAUCAAGAACGCCCACAGCGACAUCGACAGCACCAACAAGACUCUGCUCAAGAGCGACGCCCUCUACAAGUAUGUGCUGGACACGACGGUGCUGCCGCGGGAGCCGGAGUGCAUGCGCGAGCUGCGCCUCAUCACGGACAAGCACAAGUGGGGGUACAUGCAGUCGUCGGCGGACGAGGCGCAGCUGCUGGGGAUGCUGCUGAAGAUGGCCGGAGCGAAGAGGACGAUCGAGGUCGGGGUGUUCACGGGGUACUCGCUGCUUGCGACGGCGCUGGCGCUGCCGGAGGACGGGAAGGUGGUGGCGAUCGACCCGGACAGGGAGAGCUACGAGGUGGGGCGGCCGUUCAUCGAGAAGGCCGGGGUGGCGCACAAGGUGGACUUCCGCGAGGGGAAGGGGCUGGAGAAGCUGGACGAGCUGCUCGCCGAGGAGGCGGCGGCGGGGCGGGAGGCGGCGUUCGAUUUCGCCUUCGUGGACGCCGACAAGCCCAACUACGUGAAGUACCACGAGCAGCUGCUGCAGCUGGUGCGCGUCGGCGGCCACAUCAUCUACGACAACACGCUGUGGGCCGGCACGGUGGCGCUGCCGCCGGACACCCCGCUCUCCGACCUGGACCGCCGGUUCUCCGUCGCCAUCAGGGACCUCAACUCCAGGCUCGCCGCCGACCCGCGCAUCGACAUCUGCCAGCUCUCCAUGGCCGACGGCAUCACCAUCUGCCGCCGCCUCGUGUGACCGGCCGACCGGCCAGCCAAUCCACUCUUUUCCGUCCGUCCACCCAAUCCAUCCCUCGCGUGAUUAAUCAACGUGUGUGCUGUAUUCCAUUUUCCACCCACCACCACUACUAUACCCGGCUGUUACUUAUCCUUAAUUGCCGCUUAAAUUUCUCCUCUUUAUUUCUUUUUAAAUGAGAUCAUAUAUUCUUCAAAACGAGAAAGGUUUGUAGCGACACAUUACUGGUUGGUUAUGUUUGUUACUACAUGUUCGUGCACAUCUCUUUCCAUGGUCGCCAGUCUUGCCCACCCA